AACCGGCCUCACCCCCUCUCUCCCCAUUUCCCGGCAGCGAGACGGUCAUCUGCUCCAGCCGGGCCACUGUGAUGCUCUAUGACGACGGCAACAAGCGGUGGCUGCCUGCGGGCACGGGCCCCCAGGUCUUCAGCCGAGUCCAGAUCUACCACAACCCCACGGCCAACUCCUUCCGGGUGGUCGGCCGGAAGAUGCAGCCAGACCAGCAGGUGGUCAUCAACUGCGCCAUCAUCCGGGGUCUCAAGUAUAACCAGGCCACCCCCAACUUCCACCAGUGGCGGGACGCCCGCCAGGUCUGGGGCCUCAACUUUGGCAGCAAGGAGGACGCCGCACAGUUCGCCGCGAGCAUGGCCAGUGCCCUGGAGGCGUUGGAAGGUCAGAAACAGUGGGCAGAGGGGCCCCUGAGCCCUGCCGUGUGGCCUGGGGCCGCCACUUCACUACUCGUGGCCUCAGUUUACUCAUCUGCAAGUGGGGCUGAUUCAUUGCUACCGUGGACAGUUUUUCUGAGGCUUUUGUGUGGGCUCCUGUGUGCCCCUUGUACCCCUGGAUUCCUAAGGCUGCAGUUGCCCCGUGAAUUUUCACACGAACACUCCUGGGCGACCGCCUCCCAGAUCAAGGUGUAGCU